AUCAUGACCGAGGAGCAGAAAAUGGAGGAAGGCAAGCGCAUGUUCUCGAUCUUCGCGGCGCGUAUGUUCGAGCAACGGGUGCUCCAAGCGUACCGCGAGAAGGUCGCGCAAGAGAGGCAACUACAACUCUUGCGCGAACUUGAGGACGAAGACAAGAUGUCCAAGGAGCGGGAGGCCAAGAAGCAGUCGCAGAACCAGAAGAAAAAGGACAAGAAGCGG